AUGACUCGACAGAAAGGCAACUCAUCGAGGGAUUCGACUCAAGAAACAUCCAGUCAAGCAGCAGCUCCUGGAAGCUCGCAUCGACCCCGUAGCAAAAUCGGUCGGUUUCUGAAGAAGCUUAAGGAGGAUACGAAAAAGUUUAGGACGCGCUCGAAGGGUUCACGCAGCCAAGUUAGCCCUGCUCCCCCAAGUGAUGAACGUCCAUCGACCCCAACUACCGAUGUUCAGGCUGCUCCGUCUGAUGCAGAAGUGGAGGCUGAUAGCACGAAAUCGGCACUUCGGAAUGCAAGAAAGAAAGAAAAGGGCAUCCAUCCACUUCCGAAACCUGCGGAGACUGCGGUAUCUGUUGCAGGAGACGCAGAAUCGGAUCUCGAUGAUGUUGACAGUUUCGAUGACACAUAUCUCGAACCCCUCAAGAUAUUUGACAGUAUUAUUGACAAGAUCGCGGAUCUACAUCCAUAUGCGAAGAUAGCACUGGGCGUGUUGUCGUGGACUGCCAAAAUUAUUCUAGCUCAAACAGAUCGCGACAGAGAAAUAUACAAACUUCUCAAGAAGUUGUGUCGAGUUUACCGCUUCAUAACACAAGACGGGAAGCUUAACCAAAAACUGUCUAUGCGCGCUACUCGUAUCCUUGGAAAGAUUUCUAAGCAGAUACGUGAGUGCGCCAAUUUUAUCGGCAAUUAUUCGGAGACCAGCGACUUUUGGAAAAGACUCGGAAAGAACGUUGGCUCGGAAACGACGAAUACCAUCCAACAGUACAAUGACGUGUUAGAUAGGCUCAUGAGCGACUUCCAGGACCAGGUUUUGCACGAUGUAGCCACACAGGUCGGCGACAUAGACAUACAGGUCCACCAUAUAGCACAGAUACUGGAACUCAGCGGUAUGACCUAUGCAAAGGGUGCGGGACUAGAUACCAGGAAAG